UCUUCAACUCCUCGGCAUGAUCGCUCUCAUCCUUACCAUUACCGGUAUCUCCGAUGAGACAAGUUCUAGCUCGGGCUCAAGCUCGAGUGGGAACAUUAUGCGCAGAGCCGGUGUCAUCCUCUUUGCCGUCCUAUACAUUAUCCUUGUCGGCAUUUGCGUGCACCAAUGGACCCAAAUCCGCUCUGUCAUGAGAGACCGCAAGCAGCUCUUGAAGGCCAUCUCCGUCGCACUUCCCUUCCUGGCUAUUUCGGACGCUCUACAGCAUAUUGUCCACAUUCUCUUCGAGCUCGUUUUUCGAUAACCUCAACCU